UGACGUCACCCUGUUUCCGCUGUCAGACGCUUUGCUGGUUGUAGCCUGUAGUCUGAUCGCAGAAAAGUAGCGGCAGAGCCUUUCACCAAGAAACAAGCUGUCUUGCUCUCUCGGAUACAAACUUUGUCUCUCUCCUCUCUUUUUUUUUUAAUACAAAAAACUGUAGUAAAUUGAAAAUGGAGCCAGAGUGAGAGAGCAUGAAGCUCCGGACGCUUGCAAUGGAGUGUAUACUUGCAAGAAUAUUACUGUACAGUGGUCUGGUCUUUGUAGUUGACGGAUUGCCUCUGCUGUUGUUUGCAAACCGGCGUGAUGUGAGGCUCGUGGACGCGGCGGUUGGCCGGCCCGAGUCGGCGGUGGUGGUGGCCGGCCUAGAAGAUGCAGCCGCCGUGGACUUCUUCUACUCUGAAGGCCUCAUCUUCUGGACCGACGUCAGCGAGGAAGCCAUCAAGCAGACGCAGUACAACCAGUCCAGCAAUGCUGUGAAGGAGGCCACGCUGGGAAUGGGGCAGACGGUGGUGGUGUCGGGCCUGGACUCUCCCGACGGCCUUGCCUGCGACUGGCUCGGCCGCAAGCUGUACUGGACCGACUCAGAGACCAACCGCAUCGAGGUGGCCAACCUGGAUGGUACCUUCCGCAAGGUGCUGUUCUGGCAGGAUCUGGACCAGCCACGGGCCAUCGCUCUGAACCCGGCCCACCGGUACAUGUACUGGACGGACUGGGGGGAGGAGCCUCGGAUUGAGCGGGCUGGUAUGGAUGGUAGCAGCAGGAAGGUCAUCAUAGACACGGACAUCUACUGGCCCAAUGGUCUGACUAUUGACCUAGAAGAGCAGAAGCUCUACUGGGCCGACGCCAAGCUCAGCUUCAUCCACCGGGCCGACCUGGACGGCUCCUCACGGGAGACGGUGGUGGAGGGCACUCUCACCCACCCAUUCGCCCUCACCCUGUCGGGAGAGACCCUGUACUGGACGGACUGGCAGACCCGCUCCAUUCAUGCCUGCAACAAGCAUACGGGAGACAAGAGCCGGGAGAUUCUGGGUGGUAUCUACUCACCUAUGGACAUCCAAGUACUGGGUCAGGAGAGGCAACCUGACAUUCACACCCCCUGCUCGCAGGCCAAUGGCGGGUGCUCGCAUUUGUGCCUGCUGUCGCCCAUGGAGCCCCACUACAGCUGCGCUUGCCCCACUGGUGUCCGGCUUCAAGAAGAUGGCAUGACCUGCCGUCCAGGGGCUGAGGAGCUGCUUCUGCUGGCCCGCCGGACCGACCUACGAAGGAUUUCCCUGGACCUGCCAGAUUUCAGCGACAUCGUGCUGCAAGUGGACGACAUCCGACACGCCAUCGCCAUUGACUACGACCCUGUGGACGGGUACGUCUACUGGACGGACGACGAGGUGAAGGCCAUCCGGCGCUCGCUCAUUGACGGCAGUGACGCUCAGACGCUGGUCACCACGGAGAUCCACCACCCGGACGGCAUCGCUGUGGAUUGGGUGGCUCGCAACCUGUACUGGACCGAUACCGGCACCGACCGCAUCGAGGUUACGCGACUCAAUGGCACGUCCCGCCGGAUCCUGGUCUCCGAGGACCUGGAUGAGCCCCGAGCCAUUGUGCUGGACCCUGUGGGGGGAUACAUGUACUGGACCGACUGGGGGGAGAAACCCAAGAUCGAGCGCGCCAACCUGGAUGGCAGUGACCGCAUAGUCCUGCUCAACUCCUCCUUGGGUUGGCCCAACGGUCUGGCCCUCGACUAUGAGGCCAACAAGCUGUACUGGGGGGAUGCCAAGACGGACAAGAUCGAGGUGAUCAACACGGAUGGGACGGGUCGGCGGACCCUGCUGGAGGACAAACUGCCCCACAUCUUCGGCUUCACGUUGCUAGGCGACUACGUCUACUGGACGGACUGGCAGCGCCGCAGCAUCGAGCGCGUGCACAAGACUGAGGCAGUCCGGGAAAUCAUCAUCGACCAGCUGCCCGAUCUGAUGGGGCUGAAGGCGACUAGAGUCUCUGCCACCUUCGGCACCAACCCGUGUGCUAGCGAUAACGGCGGCUGUAGCCACCUCUGCUUCCACCGGCCACAAGGCCCGCGCUGCGCCUGCCCCAUGGGCCUCGAACUGCUCAGCGACCUGCACACCUGUGUGGUGCCCGAGGCCUUCCUGCUCUUCACCAGUCGCGCCGACAUCCGCAGCAUCUCACUGGGCACCAACAGCAAUGACGUGGCCAUCCCCCUCACCGGCAUCAAGGAGGCCUCCGCCCUAGACUUCGACGUCUCCGAGAACAGGAUCUACUGGACGGACGUCAGCACCAAGACAAUCAGCCGGGCUUUCAUGAAUGGGAGUUCCAUAGAGCACGUGAUUGAGUUUGGCCUAGACUACCCCGAGGGUAUGGCUGUGGACUGGAUGGGCCGCAACAUCUACUGGGCCGACACUGGUACCAACCGCAUAGAGGUGGCCCGGCUGGAUGGCCAGUACCGGCAAGUGCUGAUAUGCAAGGACCUGGACAACCCUCGUUCUCUGGCCUUGGAUCCUGCGAAUGGCUACAUGUACUGGGCGGAGUGGGGGGGCAAGCCGAAGAUCAUGCGUUCCUACAUGGACGGCAGCAGUGUGGUCACCCUGGUGGACAAGGUGGGCAGAGCCAAUGGGCUCACCAUCGACUAUGCUGACCAGAGGCUCUACUGGACGGACCUGGACACCUGCAUGAUCGAGUCCUCCAACAUGCUAGGCCAGCAGAGGGAGAUUGUUGCUGACGACCUGCCACACCCGUUCGGGCUGACCCAGUACCGGGAUUACAUCUACUGGACGGACUGGAACCUGCGCAGUAUUGAACGGGCCGACAAGCGGAGCGGGCUGAACCGCACCAUAGUCCAGGGCCACCUGGAGUACGUGAUGGACAUCCUGGUGUUCCACGCCUCCCGGCAAGAUGGCUUUAAUGAUUGCUCCCAGAACAACGGCCACUGCUCCCACCUGUGCCUGGCUACGCCCGAGGGCGCACGCUGCCGCUGUGCCUCGCACUACACCCUGGAGGCCAACGGCAGGAACUGCAGCUCCCCCUCCAGCUUCCUGCUCUUCAGCCAGAAGACGUCCAUCAGCCGCAUGGUGCUGGGCGAGCAGAACCCCGACAUCAUCUUGCCCAUCCACGUCCAGCGUAACGUGCGAGCCAUCAGCUACGACCCUCUGGACCGCCUUGUCUACUGGGUGGACGGCAGGCAGAACAUCCGACGAGCUCGCGAUGAUGGCUCUCAGCCAUUUGUGUUGGUGUUGACCACACCCAGUCACCAGCAGAGCACGGAGAGGAUACCCCAUGACCUGAGUCUGGACCUCUACAGCCGCAAGGUCUACUGGACAUGCGAGGCCACCAACACCAUCAACAUCCAAGAGCUGGCCGGCCCCUCUGUCGGUGUGGUGCUGCGGGACGAGCAGGAUAAGCCCCGUGCAAUUGUGGUCAACGCUGAGAGAGGAUACAUGUACUUCACCACCAUCCAGGAGCGUGCCGCCAAGAUCGAGCGAGCCUCGCUGGACGGCACGGAGCGCGAGUCCCUCUUCACCACCGGCCUGAUCCGUCCCGUGGCUCUGGCCCUGGACCACAGACUAGGGAAGCUAUUCUGGGUGGAUGCCGACCUCAAACGCAUUGAGAGUAGCGACCUCUCCGGAGCCAAUCGGAUCACACUGCAGGACUCCAACAUCCUGCAGCCAAUGGGGCUGACUGUGCUGGGGGGCCACCUGUACUGGAUUGACCGGCAGCAGCAGAUGAUCGAGUGUGUGGACAAGGUCACUGGGGAGGGGCGCACACGCGUCCAGGUCCGGGUCAUGCACCUGACCAGCAUCCAUGCCGUGGAGGACAUGGACCCAAAGGAGUUCGCUUCACACCCCUGUUCCCAUGGAAACGGGGGCUGCUCGCACAUCUGCAUCGCCAAGGGUGAUGGCACGCCACGUUGUUCCUGCCCCAUGCACCUGGUGCUGCUGCAGAAUCUGCUCAUUUGUGGAGAGCCCCCCACUUGCUCUACGGAGCAAUACACCUGUGCCACCGGUGAGAUCGAUUGCAUCCCGAUGGCCUGGCGCUGCGAUGGCUUUGCGGAAUGCGAUGACAAAAGUGACGAGGAGAACUGUCCCGUCUGCACGGCCUUGGAGUUCCAGUGUGACAAGGGCCAGUGUGUGGAUGCACAGCUGCGCUGCAACGGCGAGAUCGACUGCUCAGACAGCUCCGACGAGCAGGACUGCGACACCAUCUGCCUCACCACACAGUUCCGCUGUGGGAACCAGUGUAUCGAGAAGAAGCAGCAGUGCGACUCCUACUCAGACUGUGAUGACAACUCUGAUGAGCUCUUCUGCGAGGUGCCACAUCCCUCAUUCAAUGAGAUCUCCGGCCACACCAGUGCCAUCGGACCGGUCAUUGGCAUCAUCCUGUCUGUCUUUGUGAUGGGUGGCAUGUACUUCGUCUGCCAGCGAGUGGUGUGCCGACGCUACAAGGGCCCUAGUGGUGCCUUCCCCCAUGAGUACAUCAGCGGGGCGCCUCAUGUGCCCCUGAACUUCAUCGCCCCGGGCAACCCGCAACAUGGCACAUUCACCGGUAUCUCCUGUGGGAAGUCCAUGAUGAGUUCCAUGAGCCUGAUGGGAAGUAGCAGUAGCGGAGCACCGCUCUACGACCGGAACCAUGUUACCGGCGCAUCCUCCAGUAGCUCAUCCAGCACCAAAGCUGCCUUCUACCCUCAGAUACUCAACCCACCGCCCUCUCCAGCCACGGACCGUUCCUUGUACAACACCGAGAUGUUCUACUCCUCCAACAGCCCCUCCACUACUAGGUCCUACAGGCCAUACCUGAUGCGGGGUUUGGCUCCGCCCACAACCCCGUGCAGCACAGAUGUGUGUGACAGUGACUACACCACCAGCCGGUGGAAGAGCAACAAGUACUACAUGGACCUGAACUCGGAUUCGGACCCCUACCCGCCCCCUCCCACUCCCCGCAGCCAGUACCUGUCUGCAGAGGAAAGCUGCCCCCCAUCUCCUUCCACCGAGCGCAGUUACUUCCACUUAUGUCCGCCCCCGCCCUCCCCCUGCACUGACUCCUCAUGACCAUGGCAGAUGGGGAGUGGGGGGGGGCUGCCACACUUGUAAAUACUUUUUAAAAAUAUGAACAGAUCAGAUGAUUAUAUUUUAUUAAUUUCCACUAAUGGUCACCCAUUCCUGUAAGGGUGGGAGGGAAGGAAAGGAAUUGGGAUAAAUUUCUUCCUGGAGUGAGGUUGGCAAGACGGGAAGUUCCAGGGAAAGUGGAUUGUACUUCGGGCCCCUUGAGCCUGAAGAAUGCUAGCUGGUCGGUGGCCUAGUGCAGUGUCUCCUGCCCCACGUUCUCACCUGGGACUCUUAUCCACAAAAUUGCUUGAAAAUCCCUGGCAGGGGAUUUCGGAAGUUGCAGAAAAACGUCGCUUCAAAAAUUGUCAGUGAAAGUGAGGUGAAAUGGCACAGCGACAACGGCAGCGGCCAGGAAAAAAAAUGCAUGUCUGCUUCAUGGGAAAGCUGAACAGAAUUCACAGAAGUCGAGGAGGGAAGAUCUCCUGACUUCAGCGACUCGAUGCACUUGUGGGAUUCAUUGGCUCAUCCACCAAGUCCACCUGACUUGCGACCCUCACGUGUUAUAGCAUAAAAGAUGCCAACAUUUCCUGAAAUGCUGCCUUUAAACCACAAUAACAUGGAUCAAUGAUCUAGACCCUUUUAUUGACAAUAAAAGGGGACUUUGUUGGAAAAAUAUUAAUGGCUCACUGCUGGAGCAAUGUGAAUCGGUGUUUUAUUUACCUGUAAAGGUUGCUUUUCAACUUGACCUUUUGAGCCAUGCACUCUGUGACAAAAAAAAAACAUUUAGCAUUAAGUUAUUUUAGCAAUCAGUAGUACAAAUUGUACGUGUAGAGCUGUUAUCCAGCUAGUAGCCACUUCACAGUACGACGGGUCCUAUGGGAUUGUAGGUUCUGGUUUGUUGACAGAAACAAUUUACUCUUUAACAUAUUUCCCAAUGAGACAUGUGACCUGAAAGAAAAACCAAAACUUUAAGGUGUUUUGUAAAUAUGUACAACUGAGCUUUAAAUACUGCUAUGUUUUUUUUUUUUUAUGAAUGAAUUUGUAUGUGACUGAAUCUGUCCCUCCGUGAUGGCUUGGGUGUUUUUCCCAGUUUACCAAAAGUGUGUUUGCUGCUACUGUACUUAUAACCUAUAUUCUGAAUAAUGACAAAAUGCAAAAUUCACAUUUAAAGAGAUGAAUUAUGAAAUAAUUAUACAGAUGUUUAAAGCUGUAAGUUAUUAAUCCUGCGCAGUGCAUUACAUUUGUUCUUUUGUUUCUUUGUGUGUGUGUGUGUGUGUGUGUGUGUGUGUGUGUGUGUGAGCGGGUUUACCUAUCCUUAUGGGGACACAAUGUCCCCAUCACGUGAUAAAUAUCUGUUUU